AUGCUGAAUACAGGAAACUCAACUAUUCAGGAAUUUGCUUUGGGUUUAAGUACUCCAUUAGCUAACAAAAGCCUGAAUAACAGUGCAGCGUCUAGUUCUCGGUGUCAUACAUACCGAUCAGGCACUCUUGGAAUUGGCAGAAUUCGAGAACCAGUUUUCAAUUUUGAUACUAGUCAUAUUUUUCGUGAUCAUUACAGUUUCAAUUGCCUACCAAUCCGUAGAAAAUCUUCUUUUCCGAUUAGAUCGGUUAAAAAAUCCAAUCUAAGAAAACAGGCCGAUAAUGGAAUUAACUUCUCUGAUUUUUCCACAUCUUCUGAAGGGAAUGAAACUGAUGUUUCUCAGAAAAGCACAUUGAUAUCUAGAAAUCAUCCCGUACUAUCAACUUCUAUAUUGCCAGAGAAAUACCGGUCAGUUUUUAGUUUCAGCCAUUUUAACAAAAUGCAAUCAGAAUCAUUCGAAACUAUCUAUAAUUCAGAUCAUAACUGCGUAAUAAAUGCCCCAACGGGUUCGGGGAAGACUGUCUUGUUUGAAUUGGCAAUGCUCAGGUUAUUUGAUUUCUCCAAUAUGAGUAAUAAAGUUCUCUAUUUGGCACCCAGUAAAGCCUUAUGCGCCGAAAAAUAUAAUGAUUGGGUUGAUAAAUUUUCUUUUUUAAGUAUUACUAUUGGUGUUUUGACCAGUGAAACAUCAAUACAAGAAGCAGAAGAUGUUAAAAGGUCCAAUAUAAUUAUCUCAACACCUGAAAAAUUAGAUCUAUUAACAAGAAGGAUAUCUAACUAUGAUAAAUUAUUGAAUGAAGUAAAGUUAAUCGUGAUAGAUGAAAUACAUAUUUUGAAAGAUACCAGGGGGUCUACAUUAGAAGUCGUAACAACUAGGAUUAACAAAAUGUGCAGUAGAGUUAGGAUUAUCGGAGCAUCGGCAUCGGCCCCGAAUUUAUAUGAUAUGUCAAUUUGGUUGAGAAAGAAAGAUGAUUUGAAUCCAGCUAUAACUUUAAACUUUGAUGAUACGUAUAGGUCUGUUCAACUAGAUAAAAUAGUUCUAGGUUAUGCAUCCCAAAAGGAUAAAGAUUUUCAUUUUGAUCAAUUUCUUCAUUCAAAAUUAGUUGGAGUCAUAAAACAUUAUGGAAGGAGCAAACCAACGUUGAUAUUUUGUCCUACAAGAAAUAGCUGUAUAAAAACGGCGAAGUAUUUGAAUGAUAAUUUUGAUUGCCACCUGUGCUCCCUAAAUUCUCGAGUUCAGUUUGAUGAAAAAGAGUUGUUGAUAUACGCAGCUCAUGGAAUUGCAUUUCAUCAUGCUGGAUUGUCUUUUAAUGAUCGAAAGAAAAUUGAGUCAUUAUUUAUUGAAGGAAAAUUGAAUAUUUUGUGUUCCACAUCAACUCUAUCUCUGGGUGUUAAUUUGCCAACCUAUUUGGUAAUUAUAAAAGGAACGAAGCGCUGGUAUAGUGGUUCUUUUCACGAAUAUAAAGAAACGGAUGUUUUACAAAUGAUUGGGCGGGCUGGACGACCGCAAUUUGAAUCCAGAGGCAAGGCAGUUAUUAUGACUACUGCAAAUCAAAAAGACAAAUAUCAGAGACUCUUGAAAGGUAUACUUAAAGAUGGCUCAGAAAAGAUAGAAAGUUGUUUACAUUUGAAUUUGGCUGAACAUUUGGUGGCAGAGAUAUCACUAGGCACCAUAGGAAGUAUAGACGACACGUUACAAUGGUUAAAAUCAACUUUUUUCUUCAUUCGUUUCACUUCCAAUCCUUCGUAUUAUAAAGAAAUAUCAUCCUUUCAUGCACUAGAACCCAAUAAGAGGUUAUAUCAUUUUUGCCAGAAAUACUUGGACAGCUUAGUAAAUGAAAUGAUUGUUUCUCCUAUAUCCAGUGGUGGUUUCCGAUGCACGGAAUAUGGAGACGUGAUGACGAAGUACUAUAUAUUAUAUCCUACUAUGAGAAAUAUAAUUCGGAGUAAAGUUGGGAAUACAUUAUUAGAUGUAUUGACCAUUUUUUCUCGCUCCUCAGAGUUUUCGGAAUUUAGUAUAAAAUAUAACGAAAAGAAGCUAUAUAAGGCUAUUAAUCUGUCACCUUAUAUCAUGUUCCCAUUGCGUUCCACGGAAUUUCAAGAUAGUGACAAAGUGAUGUUGCUAUUGCAGUAUGAACUAUGUGGUUUGGAUUUCCCGAAUAGCCCAGAAUUAAUGAAAUUAUAUUAUUCUUUUGAAGGAGACAAGUGUUAUGUUUUCAAACAAGCAAGUAGAAUAAUACGUUGCAUGAUAGAUGUUUUUAGAUACAAGAAAGAUUAUGUAUCACUACUCAAUACCUUAAGGUUUUCGAGGUGUGUUGCAGGUAGAUGUUGGGAAGAUUCCGUGACUGAACUUAAACAAUUAGACGGAAUUGAUUUAGAAUGUAUCAAAAAGCUUCGAAAUAACAACGUAAGCGGAUUUGCAGAAGCGAAAUAUUUAAGUCAACUGCAAUUAGAAUGUUUUCUAGGUAUAGAACCUGGUACUGGCAAAAAUAUUGCUCAGAGUCUUCAGACUCUUCCGAAGUUCAAGAUUAAUGCAACAUUAGCGUCCAACAAAGUACGUACUGAUCUCGAAACACUAGAAAUAAGCUUGAUUGUUUCAAUUGGUAUAGAUAAUAUAGAGAGGAGUAAUUCAAAAAUAAAGCAUAACUUCAUUAAUACUAUUGUUGGUCUUUCUACUGGUGAACUUUUAGACUUCAGGAGAUUUGCAAUGUUAGAGUUGGUCGAGGGUAACAUAAAUUCGUUCCGAUUAACAGCUAAUGUGACAGAUCGCCAACAAAAGGUGCAUUGCCAUAUUUUCUCAGAAAACAUGGUUAACAUCGAUGAGAGAUAUGUUCUUUCUCUUGAUAUGAUAGAAGAAUGGAAAUUUGAUAAUCUCAUGAAUCAAAAAUCGAGAUAUGAGUCUGAAUAUAAUUCGACCAGCAUUAAAGAAAUUGAUAAUGUUCUAACUCAAUACGUUAAGUCUGAUUCGGAAUCUGAUUUAGAUAGCGAUGAUUUAAUUUUAGAUCCUGUUAAAAGUAUUCGUUCUGUCGUUGAAGUAUCAAGAGAGAAAUAUAACUUGAGAGACAAGCCUGGUCAAUUGAAAGCUAUUCGCAAACUAAGAUUAGACGGAAAUUACGAAUGUAAUCAUCUUUGUAAAGAUAAAACCAAAUGUCGUCAUUUCUGCUGCAGAGACGGUAUUCCAAAAGUAAAGAAAAAUACUAAUAAUCAUGUUGAAAUAGAAUCCAAUAUUUACGAUUCAAAAUUAACAGCAUCAUGUUCAUCUUUUGAUAGUUCCCAAAUAGCAAAAUCACAAUCAAGUCGUCCAAAUGGUACCAGCAUCCAAUCUCAAGACUACUUACCCCUGCCAAAUCUCAAGAGAAAGAAGAUAAGACUUGGCCGGGGAGUAGGCAUAUUCAACCUAAACAACGGUGGGUUAUUUGAUCAUUAG